GGUCUCCUACUCUCCAAAACAAACGGACCUGGAGAUUACAGGAAGGUCGGAGGUCAUCUCAGAAGGUUUGUGGUUGAAGGACAGACCUCCAGCUGAGCGUUACAUGAAGACGAGGUUACAGACCGCAGCUUAUCCUAAUUGUGUGUGUCAGUAUAGAGUGAGCUCAGUUCAUGUCAGGAAGCGUCAGAAGAGAUGCUGAGUGGAGACCUGGUGGCUGUGUGGGAGGUGGCGCUGAGCGACGGCGUUUACAGGAUUGAGUUCGCUCAUGGCACCACCACCGGGAAACGUAUCGUUUAUGUCAACGGGCAGGAAGUCGUUAGAAAAGACUGGCUGUUCAAGCUGGUCGGGAAGGAAAACUUCACCGUGGGAGCGGCGAACACUAAAGCCACCAUAAACAUCGAGGCCAUCAGCGGCUUCGCCUACGAGUACACGCUGGAGGUCGACGGCAAGAGUCUGCAGAAGUUCAUCGACAACAGAGCCAAGACCACCAAGACCUGGCUGCUCAAAGUGGACGGAGAGGACCGCAGAGUCGUGCUCGAGAAGGACACCAUGGAUGUUUGGUGCAACGGGCAGAAAAUGGAGACUAUGGGAGAGUUUGUAGACGACGGCACAGAGACGCACUUCAUGGUGGGCGAACACGAGUGCUGCAUCAAGGCGACAAACAGUGGGAAGAAGAAGAGCGGCAUUGUGCACUAUUUACUGCUGGACGGAGAGAAAAUACCAGCUUCAACACAAUAACACUGGAUCAGACUGUUGAGCAAUGCUGAACUUUCAAAGAGACUAUGAAUGAGGUAUUUACAUCACAUGUACAAAAUACCAGCCAAUCAGAAGCAACGAGUUUGAUCUUUAUGACAAAUAUGUUCAUGUAAAUACAAGAAAUAAACACUGAAGUUUGCAGCAUUA